ACAAGUCACCGAGACUGACGACACGAACCUCGAGUUCAUGGUUCCGGAGCCACCGUUCGAGAAAAUCUCCAAAUUGCGGCUCCUGACAUUCAUCGCUCUCAUGGCUACCUCCCAGAUUUUAUCCCAGGCGCUUUUGGCACAAUCGCUUGUCCCGUCCCCGUACACGGCAAAAUCGUUUGGCGUGGAGGGCGAUCAGGGCCAAAUUUCGUGGAUGACGGCUGCCUACUCGCUCUCGGUGGGUACGUUUAUCCUGAUCUCGGGCAGGGUGGGCGAUCUGCUUGGCUACAAAAAAGUAUAUCUAGCCAGCUAUCUGAGCUUGGCUUUGUGGUCGCUUCUGGCGGGACUGAGCCAAUAUAGCGGCUCAAUUGAGUUUUUAGACAUCUGUCGUGCGCUCCAGGGCCUCUCAGUUUCAGCUGCCGUGCCCAACGCGCUCGGCCUACUGGGGCACUAUCUGCCCGUUGGAAAAUUACGCAAUUUAGCCUUUGGAUUUUUCGGAGCAGUCGCGCCCUUGGGUUUUGUCUUGGGCGCCCUCAUGAGCUCUGUACUGGCCCAAUUUGCCUCGUGGCCCUGGGCAUUCUAUAUCACCGCUAUCGUGAGUGUGGUUAAAACAGCGGUGUCAAUUUUCGUGAUUCCCAAAAAUAUUGUCACCGUCCAUAAAAACCUCACCGCACACCAUUUCGACCUAUACGGAGCUGCUACAGGUAUCAGCGGCCUUGUGCUGAUUAACUUUGCCCUCAAUCAGGGGCCCGUUGUUGGCUGGAGAGUGCCAUAUGUCUACAUUCUGCUACUAGUCGGAGCUGCAUUCAUGGGUGCAUUUGUUUGGAUCGAACGCGUUGCUACACACCCCCUCGUGCCCAAACUCAACACCGCCGUUGUCUUCACGCUCGCCUGCAUUGCCUUUGGCUGGUCCAGCUUCGGAAUCUGGAUCUAUUACACGUUCCGGUUCGCGUACGAUAUUCUCAGCCUUAGCCCGCUAAUUGCGUCUGUGCAAUUUAUUCCGUCGUGCAUCGCUGGAUUGCUGGCCGGGAUGAUCACCGCAAACCUCAUCCACCGGGUGCCAGCCUCGAUAAUGCUGAUGAUCUCAAUGGCGUGCUUUGUGGGCGGGCUCGUCAUCAUGGGACUCAGACCGAGGGGCCAGAUCUACUGGGCACAGAAGUUCCCUUCCAUCGUGGUGGCCUGCUUUGGUAUGGAUAUUAGCUUCCCAUCGGGAAUCUUAAUUCUCUCCAACAAACUGCCAAGACGCCACCAGGGACUUGCAGCGUCGCUUGUGACAACGAUUGUGAACUACGCGAUCUCGAUAGGUCUGGGCUUGGCUGGCACUGUCGAGUACUAUAAAAUCCAAAAUGGAGCAGACACGUACACGGGGAUCCGCAGCGCAUUCUACAUGGGUAUGGCGCUGUCUGCUACUGGUCUAGUCUGCUCCGCCGUCUUUGUGUACUACCAGCUGGUCAGACACAGGCACAGUGCGUAUAAAAUCUGAAAAGUAGCUGCGCUUGAAAGGUACCUAUCACGUGACCCCAAUUUGCACUAUAUAAUGGUUACCGAUUUGUUUUCCGUAUUAGGCUAACACAUCCCUAAAAUUAGGCUAUCAAAUUUACUUCACCAGCAACUUUCUCUAUUCACUUUUCAUCCCAAUUAUGACCUUCACCACACAAGCCGAGAUCAAGUCGUUUGGAGGCAAGCUGGUCAAGCUCCAGCACGACUCCAAGGAAACUAAGACCAAAAUGGAUGUCAACCUCUACCUGCCUGAACAGUACUACGAGCAGCCAGACUCGAAGUUGCCAGUGCUGCUCUAUCUGUCGGGACUGACCUGUACUCCUAACAAUUGCUCAGAGAAAGGCUUUUGGCAGCCAUAUGCCAACAAGUACGGCUUUGCAGUGGUUUACCCCGACACUUCUCCAAGAGGAGCCUCUAUCGAGGGAGAGGACGAAAGCUAUGAUUUUGGCAGCGGUGCAGGAUUCUACGUCGACGCCACCGAGGAAAAAUGGUCUAAGAAUUACAGAAUGUAUUCGUACAUUCUAAAGGAGUUGCUGCCUAAUCUGGCUUCUUCUUAUUCUCGGCUGGAUUUCAACAACAUGUCAAUUACAGGACAUUCCAUGGGAGGUUACGGAGCAUUAAUGUUCUAUCUGAGAAACCCAGGCAGGUUCAAGAGCGUGAGUGCGUUUUCUCCCAUCUCGAACCCUUCGAACUGUGCGUGGGGUCAGAAAUGUUUUGGCGGAUACUUAGGUGCGGACAAGUCCAAAUGGGCCGAGUACGAUCCGUCCGAACUGGUCAAGAAAUACGACGGCCCAGAUACCCCGAUCCUCAUCCACACGGGAACUGCGGAUCCGUUCUAUUUCAGGGACCACCAGCUGUUGCCUGAGAAUCUUGUCAAGGCGAGCGAGGACUCCAAGCUCAAGGGCAAGAUUGAUCUGCAUUUGGAAGAAGGUUAUGACCAUUCCUAUUACUUCAUCUCAUCCUUCACCAAGGACCACGCUGCCCAUCAUGCAAAAUACCUCGGCCUGAGCCCUAAGUUAUGAGUGAGUAAUGAAUUUCAUUUAGUUUAACUCAACCAUCUCUAAAUGGUAAAAUUCAACUGAUGGACCGUCAUCCACCGGCAUGUGCGCUUUUUCGUAGACAACCAAGGCGAUGUUGCCUUUGUUCACAGCAGUCUCUGUUGCCAUAGGACAGCUGAGCGGACCAAACAUGGAAUAGGCGACCAUGCAGGAAAUAAUAAGCAGAAUAACACCGGCAAGUGCUCUUCUAAACCUACGAGCACCUUGUUUUCUGGAAGAAUCAUCCUUGACGUCGUAGAGUUCGGAAUACCGAGGAGGCUCGUCUGCUAACUCCUCCUCCUUAUUGUACGUAUCCGGCUCUCUCUUUUCGUCCACAUUCACUUUUUGGUAGACAGGUUCCACCUUGUAUAUCUUCGGCUUGUACUGGCCCAUGUUGGUUGGAUCGACUUGCGGAUCGUAUUCCACAGGUUCAAAUCUCAAGUAUGGAGUAACAGACGUUGUGUUUUUGUUGGUCAUAUUAUACACGUGUUUAGGAUUCAU